UAGAGCAAAAAUUCCUAGAACGUUUGUGUCAAACAGCUGAUUGCAGAAAUUGAUGGAAACGAAAAUUCGUAUUAAUUGAAAGCUACUGAAAAGUAGGUUAAAAAAGGUCAAAUAUCAGUCGUGUCAUUGUCGAAUUUCAAUAAACAAUUGUGAUUACUCCAUUGAAAUAUAAUUGUUAAGUGUGAAUUCUUAAACAUAACAGAUGUUUGUUGUAAGAAAUGUCACAAAUUGAUAUUCAGGAUUUAUUUGAUAAAAGCAGGUUUCCUAGUGGUUGGCGGCUACUAUCAAUAUUAUUAUAUACUCCAGUGGGUCUUCUACUUGUGUCAGUACGAUUAUUAACUGCAUUACAACUUUGGCUUCUUGCAUCAUUAUUACCUGAUUGUAAUACUCUUCGAGUAUUCUUACACCGUGGGUUUAGUUUUGUUUUUGGCAUUGUGGUAAAAAUUCCUGAAGAUGAAAUUAACGAUCAACAAUCAAGAAUUAUUAUUGCCAAUAAUGUCUCGGUUUUGGAUCACUUUGCUUUAUACAAAAUUACACAAGCAUUAACUCCUAGUAUAUGGGAAUUACCCACUGCUCUUGGCAAUGCGAUAGGGCUACAAGUAAUGGAUAUGAGCAGUAAAGAAGCUCUAAUCGUCAGCAUAAAACAAUUUCUUUUAACUUCGAAAAGCAACAUUGUACUCCAGCCUGAAUUUGGUAUAACCAAUAGUCGAGUAGCCUUAUUGAAGUUCAAUUCAUGGCCAUUUACCAUAGAACCAUCAGUUCAACCAAUUGCCAUUAAAGCAUGGAGACCAGAAUUCAUACCUAUUCGUGUUACCUCAUUGGCAUCUACAUGGUGGGCUGAUGUCUUUUGGUUUAUGUUUGUUCCUUACACAGUUUUCACAUUUAAGUACCUGAAAGUCAUGAGAAACACAGAUAGCGAAGUACUAGUACGAGAAAUAGAGAAAGAUAUAGCAACUACUCUUGGACUUAAAACAAGUUCUCAUACUGUGUCAGAUAAAGCAGAAUUUGAGAAACGCUGCAUUAUGGAGAAAACACAAAGCAGAAGACUCAAUAGAAGAAGUUCACCAAAUUCGCAAGUCAUACAUAACAUUGAGAUACAAAGAAUGGUACAACAAGUCAGUGAAGUGCUUCCAUUGGUCCCUCAUAAUGUGAUUCUCAGAGAUCUAUUGAAAACACGCAAUGUCGACAUUACCAUUGCCAAUAUUCUGGACGGCAUAGUUACUUAUACCCCAGAAUUAAGUCAAACAAGUGUUGCACCUUCAGCAUCCUGCAAUCAAGUGCAAACAAGUAUGGUCAAGGAUAAUAGUAACUUAGGAACUUCUUCCUUUCAGGAAAGAAAGGCUAAGAUGAUAAGAGAAGCUAGGGAAAGGUAUAUCCAAAAACAUGGACUUAAAAAUUGCUGACAUUCUUACUACAGUUUUAUUGUGAUUAUUGU